UUGCUUCUGCUUGGGAAAAAGUUGUGGGUGAUUGAGGUUUUUUUUAUUAAUUUAAGUCAAUCAGCUCAUAAUGUCCGCAUUGAUGAAUUCUCUGCGUCUGGCACAAAAGCUGGGCGCCUGUAACCCUUUCGUGCAGCGUCAAAUUGCGCGCAACCUUGCCGGAUGGAACAAGGACUACAAGCCAGCUCCAUAUCCGAAAACUGAAAAGGAGCGUGAGGCAGCUGCCAAGAAAUACUAUCUACUGCCAGAGGAGUAUAAACCAUACGCUGACGACGGCCUCGGCUACGGCGAUUAUCCCAAAGUGGGUUACGGCUUGGGUGUUGAAAACAAGGAUAACUACUAUCCGUGGGACUUUCCAGAGCACAAGCGCAACCUGCAUGAGCCUAUUUCGGCAGAUCACGAUUUGUACAGCGAGGAUCGUUUCUCACAAGCCGAAAAGCCACGUUUCAGCAACGCGGAAUACUGGCUCUCUUUCCUAGGUGUUAUGGCCGGUUGCUUAGCACUUUACUAUUGGCUGGACGACAAGAAAAUGUAUCGCCCAGUGGCUGCCAAGCAGUAUCCAGCUGAGGGUGUCAAGCACUACACCUUCGAGCAGUAAGCUGUUAAAGGUUAAUGCUGACAGACUCCUGGAUUCCCUAGGUCCUGUACAUUAUGUUUAUCGCCAUUUAAUGAAAUCGCACCCAUGUAUGUAAAAUUAAAAAUUCAAAUAGAAAAUUACACCAAAUUCGUUAUUA